AUGCCUUCACAUUCACACAGCCUGUGGGAUUUACAGUGCAUCGAUAUCUGAAGUAUUGUCGGCAAAUCUGUUUUACCGUGAUUAUGAUUCAGACAUCAUAUUCCACUUGCAUUUUAGUCUGUAUAUUUUCUUUAUAAAACCCAUAUGUUGGGAUUAUUCUGGCUGGAAACAGAAUGCGGGAGACGAGUGAUUAUAAAGAAAUAAGGCUUGAAUAGGAUGUUAUCCUUUGGAUCACUGGUCUGUCGGCUUUAAGGCACACUAAGGUGUUAUUACAAAGAGAGGUGUUGUGUCUUUCAAAAUGCCUUUCUGGAAAGGAGCAGAGGAAAAAUCAGCUAAAAUCCAUGUUUCAAGUAAAGAGUGGGAGACCUCUCCAGGAAAAGUAAGAGAGAAAUUCAGCCACCAGAAGCAAAGGUCUCCUCCUGCAGGCCGACCCCACUUGUCCCAGGAGGAAAAUAAAGACAUAGAACAAGCAGCUCAAAAGGAAAAGUUGCACGCAGAGCUUAAGAAAGUUCUGCUUCUAAAGGUACAGAAAGCCUCAGUGGAGCAGGAACCAGCUAAAAUGGAAACCCCAAUCAGGAUUUCAGAGGAGAAGCUGCAAGCCUCUGAGAUGGUAGAGGUUAUUGUAGAAACAGAAGCUAAAGCUGGCAUGAGUGGUAUCCUCAUUUCUGGAGAUGGCAAAGAGGGAGUAAUCAUCAGAGAUGUUGUCAAGGAUUCACCUGCUGCUAAAACUUUGCCUCUUUUAAAAGGAGACCAGCUCCUAAGUGCCCAUGUCUUCUUUGAAAAUGUCAAAUAUGAAGAUGCUUUAAAAAUACUUCAGUGCGUGGAACCUUACAAAGUCUCAUUUUGCCUUAAACGGGCUGUACAGUCCUCAGGUUUCACAGUGUCGCCUACAUCCGGAAGUGUAGAAGUCAAGGGUCCAAAGACCAAGAUGCCCAAAAUGACUGUUAAAAGCCUCACAUCAAUGAAAAAGAAAAAGAAGAAAGAGCCAAGUCAAGUAGAGGGCUAUGAAGAUGUCUCCUUAGAAGCCCACAAAGAUUCAGAAAUAUCUGUCGGUAGUAUGGAUAUUCCACCUGUCGAUGUGGAGUUUUCAUUUCCCAAGUUUUCAAAGUUGAUAAAAGCCAAAAGUUCAGUGGAGACUACCACUGACAUCAAAAGUGCAGAAGUUUCCACUAAGGUACCUGCUGCAGAAGAAAAAAGAGUGAAGAUAAAGUUCCCUAGACUCAGAGUGAAAGAUGCAGCUGCUGGGGUCAAGGUGACAUCAACAAAAGCCAGUACUGAAGUAGAAGUAAAAGAAAAGGAGGCAUCUACAUUUGGAAUUUCUGUUCCUAAAAUUAAGAAGCCAAACGUGGAUGUGGUGGCGCCAAAGACAGAAGUGGAACUUUCUCCACCAAAACUGGAAAUUGAAACCAAGGAAGUAAAAAUAAUUAAGGCUCCACAAGUUGAAAUAGAUAUACCAUUGUCCUCAAUAAAGGCUGAAACCUCAGAUAUUUCUGCCACAGAAAGUGUGAAAAUGUCUAUAUUGAGCACCACAGCUAGAAUUCCAGAUGUUGAAAUUAAAGUGCCGACAUCUCAAGUUGAAGUUGAAGUUGAAACUUUUACAGGCAAGCUUAGCAUGCCCCAAAUUUCAAAUAUUGACAAAUGUUUACCUAGUCUUGAAAAGGAAUCCUAUGUGGCUGUUGAGGGAGUAUCCAAGACAGAAAUAAAACUUCCUUCUGUUGAAAUAGCUGCGCCAAAGCUUGAUGAUUUGAGCCUGUCUAAAGCUGAAGGCAAAGCUGAAGCUGAGCCUUCUGAUUCAGGUAAAAUAUUUAAAAUCAAAAUCCCACAUUUAAGUCUGCCAUCAAAAUCUCCUGAGGAUGGUUUGGAGAUCAAAAAACACGUUGCCAAGAAAACAUCUGAAGACACAUUUAAAAUGCCUUCUAUGAAGUCUCCAGAAAUUGGUGUUAGUGUAUCAAGAGGAAAAGUCGAAGGGGAUAUUUCAGAGAAGAAAGUCGUUAUGAAAUUACCUUCUAUAGACAUUUCUGCUCCUGAGGUGGACUUUGAUAUAAACAUUCCUAAAGGAAAAUUGGAUUCAGAGAUCUCCAUUGAACUGGAUGCUGCAGGAAUGAAGGUCAGAGAAGCAUAUGCCGAAUCUCCCAAACUCAAAACUGGAAAACUGCAGACUGAUAUUGAAACAGAGACAACUGAAUCAGAAAGUUCAUUUGAAAUUCCAGAUGUCACACUAAAAAUGCCUAAGAUAGGCAUUCCUUUGCUGGGAACAAAGGCAGAAACUGAAACACCUCAUGUGGAAGUAAAAACAGGAAAAAUUACUGGGGAGAGUCCAGAUAUCAAACUGAAAGGACCAAAAAUGAAAUUACCUAGUUUUGGAAUAUCUCUGUCCAAAGAAAAAUUGGACUUAUCUUUUCCUGAAAAGGAUGCAUCAGAGAAAACAACUGAAACAGAUGGAAAACCAAAAAUCCCUUUAAUUAAGGUGCCAUCUGUGGAUAUAUCUUUACCUAAAGUCCCAGAUAUUCAAUUAGUGAAACAUGAAGUUACUCUACCUUCACUCAAAGCAGAUAAAAAGGCUGAGAUGGGGGUUGGCGACUUGCAGUUAAAAAUGCCAAAAGUAUCCUUACCUAAAUUUGACCUGUCAGCAAAGGUUGAAAAAGCUCUGGGAUCUUCUCCAAAAGUGGAAAAGCAUGAUAAAAAGACAGAAACAAAGAUUGCAGAUUUCGACCUAGACACGAAGGGAGACAAAAUGACAUUCCCAAAGGUAGAUAUUUCUCUUCCUAAGAUAAAGGCUGAGGACUUGGACAUUCUUUCCCUAAAAGCAGAUACUGACAUUUCAGUAGACCAAUCAAAAUUAGGAAUGAAAAUCCCUAAAGUAGUAUAUGAUGCAAUAGCAUUUAAUGCAGAAUCAAAAGUUGGGAUCAUUUCCGUUAAAGUACCUGAUCUUGAGAUAGUUGCACCUAGAGUUGAUGUUGAUUUAACAAUGCCAAAAGUCAAAGCUGAAGCUUCAGAGUGUCUUAGUAAAGAACCAGAGUGUGACUUGCAGCUGCCAAAGUUAAAUCUCCCUAAGCUUAGUGAUGUAGCAAAAGAUAUGGCUGUUGAACUCGAUGUACCAAAAAUAACAGGUGAUGUCUCCUCCUCACAAUUUGCUGCUCAUUUGAAGGGGGCUGAACUGGAGGAAAGGGAUGUGAGUGGUACAGGUGCAAAGAUUAGCCUACCUAAAGCUUUAUUAGGAUUUGGAAAAUCCACAGAGGAUCGCGCUUUGGAAAUAACUAGUGUUGAAUUUAAGGAAAAGACAGAUCUAAAAAUCCAUAAAGUAAAAACAGAAGCACAGACAACAGACGCCAAAAUCAAACUGCCCUCUGUUCAAUUACCUUCUGUAGAAGUCACUGCACCUAUAUUUCCUGAUGUUGAUAUUGAUGCAAGUAUACCAGAGGUUGCUAUAGAGGCACAGAGUACAGAGGACAGAACAGCAGCAGUCCCUAGUGAGAAAGAUGUAAAAUCAAAGUCCACAAAAUUUUCAUUUCACAAAUUUGGACUCUCUGGACCCAAAAUUAAAAAAGGUAUAGAGGUAGAGACCAAAACCUCACAUUUGGAAGGAGAAACAGAAAUGCCAUUAAAGGGACCAAGAAUGAAAAUGCCUAAAUUUGGAAUCACUUUUCCAAAAGCAAAGCAUGAUCUAGACAAGGAUGUUGCUAAAUCAAGCAAAAAGAAAGCAGAUAUCUCAGUCUGCCAAGAUGAUGACUCAUCUGGAGAGAAGAUAAAACUUCCAUCAGUAAAACUUCCUUCUGUCGACAUUUUGGCUCCAAAACUAGAAGCUGAUAUUGGAGUUUCAAAGGAGGAUGUGCCUCUUGUUACAGACAAACCAGCUGAUAUUAGUACUGACAUCCCAGAUGUUAAGCUUAACCUUCCCAAAUUUUCACUGCCCAAAUUUGGCAGCAAGAACAAAGGAGGUGAAAUGGAUUUUGAAAUGGAAAGUUCUACAUCAGGAGUGAAGUUGUCACAACCAAAAUCAUCUGUUAAAGUUUCUAGAGGUGAUAUUGAUGGAACCACUGGUGAUAAAACAGGAAAAGAGCUUAAAACAAAGAAGCCAGCAUUUAAACUGCCUUCUAUCGGAAUAUCAAAAAAAGAAACUGGCAUAGCAGAUGCUAACCUAGAGGUGGUUCUUCCUGAAUGUAAAAUUCAAAAGUCAAAAGAGCCUGGGAAAGAAUCAAAAAUAGAGACAGAUUCUAAGGAAACUGAUGGGAAAACAACUUUCAUUAAAAUGCCAACAUUUAAAAUGUCUCCUAAGAUUAAAUCACAUGAUGUCAGCCUUGGUAUGAAAGGUUCAAAAGAGGAUCUCCAUCUACCUGACGUUCAUGUGAAAGUUCCCCAUGUUGCAUUGCCUUCCAUUGGGAUAAAAAGUGAUAAAUCAGCUGAUGUCCCACUAAUAAAAUCAGAGGCAAAAGUAAGAGAAUGGGUUCAAGAGCAAGAAAUUUGUUUAACAGAAAAAAUAAAAAUGCCUUCAUUGGAAGUCUCAGCCCCCCAGGAAAUUCAAUCACUGCAAAUUUCUCUUCCACAUGUUAUAGGAGAUGUUUGCACCUCUUCACCAAAAAUAGAAGCUGAUGUUUCAGAUACAUUGACAAAAGCACAUGAAGGAGAUAUGAAUUUACCUAAACUGACCACAUUCAAUGUUCCUGCCCCAAGUGUCAAGUUAGAUAUCAGUUUGCCUAAAACUUUAGAACACAAACCUGAUCUUGCUCUGGAAAAAUCAGAAAUGAAAUUAAAAAUUCCAAAAGUUGAAUUACCAAAGCUUGGGGAGUAUGAGCAAGAUGUGUCUGAAACAGAUGGAAAGCUGAAAAUCAAAAUGCCUCAUGUUGACAUCUCCUUGCCUAAAAUCAAAGCAGAUGAAGAAGACAUACCAUUCAUAGAAGGAGAGCUGAAAAUACAUGGGUCUGAUUUUGAGGUAAGGUCCAAAGAUGAAACUUUCAGUCUACCGUCUGUAGAGUUACCAAAAAUGUCUACUCCUAAAAUUCGAGCUCCAGAACUUGAGCUGGAUAUUAGCCUAAGCAAGGAAGGCGACAGAAAUGCUGAGAUAAGUAGCCCCGAAGGCAGACCAUCUGAGCUAAAAUUCAAAAUGCCAAAAAUUAAACUGCCCAAAUUUAGUGGUUCCACUGAUAUUGAUGAUGAACCUGCCAAAACAGAUGUCAAAACCUCCAAAACAGAGGAAAGUACAGAUUCUGGGAUUACAGGCUUCAAGCUGAAACUGCCUAAACUGCAUGUGGGUUCUCUCAGAGCAAAAGGAGGGGAUGAAGUGUCUGUUGAAAUGGAAGGUAAAAACAAAAUAAUCAAGAAAGGAGAUACAAAGGCUACAGAUUCCGAAGAUUCAGAAGAUAGUAAAGGGUUUAAAAUCAAGAUGCCUGCAUUUGGUAUUUCUAAGGAAAGCACAGCUGCUUGCACAGAAUCAUUGCACCCAGCACCAGAUGGAGCUGAAGUAAAGUUUAAAAUGCCUAAAGUCAAUAUUCCUGAUGUUGGAUUUUCAGGAGGUGAAGCAGGGGGCAAUGAAACAACCUUGGAAAAGGAAUCUAAAUCAACCACUGUUGAAAAUUUAGAAAUAGAUUUGGGUCUGAAGAUUCCAAAAAUAAAGAUGCCAUCUUUUGGCAUGUCAGGUCGAAAAGUAGAUGAUCACAUGAGUAUGUCCCUUGAAGAGGACAAACAAGCCAAUAAAUCUUUGUUUAAGGUGCCAGAUCUAGAAAUAUCCACAACGAUGAAAGCACAUGCAGAAUAUGACGUGGAUGGAUCACUGGAGCACAAUCUUUCUAAGGAGAAAGAAAUAAUUACUAAGAAAAAACUUAGUAAGAAAAUCAUUGACGAGUUGGCUGAAGAGGAUUCUGGGAAAAAAUACAAAGUAAAAUUGCCCAAAUUUGCGAUCAAUUUACCUAAAGCUGUUCAAGGUGAUAUUGAAAUUUCAGCACCUAGAUUAAAAUCAGAGGGCGAAGAGUCUGAAGAAAGUCUGAAAAGUUUAGAAAGUCAAAUAGAAAAAAAGGUCAAAAAAACGAUUUUCUCAGUGGGAAAAACCAAAGAGAAAAAUGUUGGUCUCCCUAUGCCAGAUGCAGGAGAAGGAGAUGGUCCAGAAAUGAAAAUGAAAAUGCCAAAAAUAAAGAUGAAGCCUUCUUUUGGAAUGUCACGAGGUAAAGCCAAAGGGAAUGAAGUAAAUGGAGAGUUUGAUGGUUCUGCAAAGGAAGAUACUGAUAUUAGCCAUGAUGGAACCACAAAGUCUUCAAAGCUAAAGUUUCCCAAGUUAGGAUUUUCUUCCAACAAAACAAACUCUGCUGACGUUCAUAUUAAUGGCCUGAAUGGUGAAACUGAUGCGACAGCACCAAAUGGAGCACAGGAUGGUAUGGUGAAAAUUGGAAAAAUAAAGUUACCAAAGGUUGAAUUUUCCUCACCUCAUAAAGUUAAGGAAACAGAUGGUGAAAUGAGCCUAAAGUUGGUCAAAGCAGAAGAGUCUGAUUCCAAAGAGGAGGGCAAAGAAAAUAUACUCACAACCAAAUUUAAAUCACCUAAAAUAACCUUUUCUGGGUUCAAAAAGAAAGACAAAGGGGAGGAACAUCAGCUCAGUUCUCACACAAGAACAGAAUUGGCAACAGUUGAAAAUAUUAAGGAAGGAGAAGGAAAAAACGGUAAAUCUAAAAUUUCACUGGGUUUCCUUUCAGGCAGAUCUAAAGGUGAAUACACAGUGGACAAUAGUGGAAUAGAGAAGGGAUCCGUGGGGGAGGCCAAAGAAAAAUCACUCAAGUACAACUUGCCUAAAUUAUCUCUGAGCUCCAAAGCAGGAACAGAGGUAGAAGUUACAACUGAAACUCAUGAAAUUGUUGAUGAAAGUUCUCAAGAAGGUCUAAAAAUCUCCCUACCAAAGGUGGCCUUUACUGCUCAAGAUGAAGAACAGACAGUAGAAGAAGAGGUGACUGGGGGAAUUCUGAAAAUUACAAAGAUAAAGCAAAUUAAGACAGAGACAGUGACAGAAAAAACUCUGACCUUAUGAACAAGUGUUAACAGGUCAGGACUUGAUAUAACAGUGUUGCAUUGUCACUGGCAGACAACAGAUAAUUUCUGCUCUAACAUAUUUUGUAUAAUUUUCCAGCAUUACCCAGUAGCAGGACUAAAAGCAAAUCCAAUUCUGUACAUGUAUGUGUUUCAGAGAGCUUCAACAAUUAAACAUGCUGGUCAGAAAAUACAUCAGAAUUAAAACACAGAGCAAAUGUUUUUGGAGACAAUAGUUCACCUGGGAAAUGCUAUCCAUGGCAAUACAUAUAGGUGUAAAAUGAAAUUGUAAUUCAUAUAUGUGAGUGAGUAUAUAUAUAUAUUUUCAUAUACAUACACACAAUUCGUAUUAAUAUUGAGGGCAAUGUCACUACUAAAGUACAAAAAUCAAUGAUGGCAACAAUCUCUGACCCUGAUUGUAGCCUGUGCAUAAACAUAACAGCAAAGGAACCAAAAGAGUUUCCGUAACAUAAGCCAACCCAUGAACUGUUCAUAUAGGCAAGGUUAAACUGUGGUACAAAGGGUUUCUAACAAAUUUUGCCUGGCUGUGUGCAUUUGUGCUGAUUUUAUAAUUCGAUUUGUUGCUUAUCUUUACGUACACUACAGUAUAUAUAAUUAUCUGUUAGGACUCAUUCCACUCCGUUGUUGUGCAUUGUUAUGUAUUUAAAUAUUGAAGUUAAAGGGGAACUAUCACGAAAAUGAAAAUGUUAUAUUAGCUUCAGCAUACUGA